CGGGCGGCGGUGCGCGCCUGGGCUCGGGACCAUGGACUGCGCCCGCCUCUGGCUAGGGCUGUUGCUGCCUGUGGUAGCUGCGCUGGACUUCAGCUACCACCACCAGCCAGAGAUGGAAGCGUUCCUGAAGAGUAUUUCCCAAAACUACAGUUCUAUCACUCACUUACACAGUAUCGGGGAAUCUGUGGAAGGCAGAAACCUGUGGGUUCUUAUUGUGGGACGCUUUCCAAAUGAACACAGAAUCGGGAUUCCAGAAUUCAAAUACGUGGCAAAUAUGCAUGGAGAUGAGGCUGUAGGGCGGGAACUGCUGCUCCAUUUAAUUGAAUAUCUCGUAACCAGCGAUGGAAGAGACCCUGAAAUCACAAAUCUAAUUAAUAGUACCCGGAUACACAUCAUGCCUUCAAUGAACCCAGAUGGAUUCGAAGCUGUUCUAAAGCCUGACUGUUUUUACAAUAAGGGAAGGGAAAAUAGUAACUUCUAUGACCUGAAUAGAAAUUUCCCCGAUGCUUUUGAAUUUAAUACUGUACCGAGGCAGCCUGAAACUGUGGCAGUCAUGAAGUGGCUGAAUACAGAGACAUUUGUCCUUUCUGCAAACCUCCACGGUGGUGCCCUGGUGGCCAGUUACCCAUUUGAUAAUGGUGUUCCAGCCACUGGAACAUUAUACUCUCGGAGCUUAACCCCUGAUGAUGAUGUUUUUCAAUAUCUUGCACGUACCUACGCUUCAAGAAAUCCCGACAUGAGGAAAAGAAAUCCAUGUAGAACUAAAAUAGAGUUUCCUGGUGGAAUUGUAAAUGGAUACUUUUGGUAUCCACUCAAAGGUGGAAUGCAAGAUUACAACUACAUCUGGGCCCAGUGUUUUGAAAUUACGUUGGAGCUGUCAUGCUGUAAAUAUCCUCGCAAGGAGAAGCUUCCAAGCUUCUGGAACGAAAACAAAGACUCACUGAUUGACUAUAUAAAACAGGUGCACAUAGGUGUAAAGGGUCAAAUUUUUGAUCAGAAUGGGACUCCAUUACCCAAUGUAACUGUAGAAGUCCAAGACAGAAAACAUGUCUGCCCCUAUAGAACCAACAAAUUUGGAGAGUAUUACCUCCUUCUCUUGCCUGGGGUCUAUGUAAUAGAGGUUACAGUCCCUGGACACAAUCCACAUCUCACAGAAGUGACUAUUCCCCCAAAAUCCCAGAACUUCAGUGCUCUUAAAAAGGAUAUUUUACUUCCAUUCACAGGGCAAUUGGAUCAUAUCCCAGAAUCAGAUCCUUUAUGUCCUAUAAUUCCUCUUUACAGAGAUUUGCAAGGCCACUCAGCUGCAACAAAGCCCAGUCUGUUCUUAUUUUUAGUGACUCUUUUUCACAUAUUGUUCAAAUAAAGCAGAAUGUGAAACUCAA